AUGCUCUUUUCACGAGAUCUUAUCCCCACUGUCUUGGCCAUGGCCUUGUCGGUGACGCGUGCUGAGGCCGCCAUUGCGAUUGGAAUCGCCGCGGGUUUCAACGUGAUGUGGAUUGAGGGUGGCGACCCUUGCCGCUGGGACAGGAUCAACGACAACGGCCAGAACCCGUGCAACGUCCCCCUUGCCAACCCGCUUGAUAAUGGAUUCAAGUACCGGCUUCAAGGCUGUGGUGGUCCGUCGCUGUGGCUAACUAAUGAAGACGGCUCCUUUAACAGCAAUUGCCGCCUGGCCGAGGCUAACCUCUCUUGCAAUGUACACCGAAGCUACAUUUGCGGUUAG